AUGUUUCUAAUAGUCAUCUCAUUGGCUAUUUUUGGUAUUUCCAAACAAUCUUCAAGUUUCAACUCCACUUGUCCGGUAGAAUAUUGGAAUCUCAUAAACACAGAUUCCAUCCCAAAUGGCGAUAUUCACGCUGAAUGGAUGAGGCAGAAUUGGAGCAGAAGGGACAACAUGUUUCAAUCUGAGCUCCGCCUUCUUAAUGGUUAUUUAUAUGCAGACUUCAUUGCAGUAACAACUACAGUCCAGUAUAAAACUGGUAAAACUGCGUUCUGCCGUUACUUUGAUUGCAAUCAGAGAGAAAUACCAAACUCCUCGUGGCAGUCCUCUUUCUUCCCAUUAAACACUGUGUACUGUGUGAGAAGAGCUGGGGCGAAAUUCGUGUCAAUUUCAUUCGAGGAGGAUGGAUUCUAUGCAAAACCAGCAGUUCCGCUGAUGUUCAGAGCGUUUGAAGAACCUAUCCACGAGAUAGGAAUGUGUGUAGGUCCGUUUUAUGGGCCCGAGAAACGAUGGUUGACACUUAUUGAGUUUGUGGAACAUAUGAAAAUUUAUGAAGUAUCCAUGUUUUAUUUCACUAUUUUCGAUAUGGAUGGAUACUCCCGACUGGCUUUAGAUGAAUACGAGCGUCAGGGACUAGCAGAAACAACAGUAAUUCAAACAGAGUACACACAGCUUGAUUGGAUGUUCCACUUGAUUCAACUUCACGAUUGUUUCCAUAGAAGUCGUUCUCAUUCAAAGUGGGUCAUCAAUGCUGAUAUUGACGAGCGUUUCGUCAUGUUUCAUCCUGAUCUCACUUUAAUACAACUGCUGAAAUCACAACACCACAAUGUCGGAGAAUUGAAUUUUCAGGCUAGACGAAUUCAAAAGACUCAAAAUUCUCCAGAAAAAUACACUAAUUUACUGGAAACGAUUGACAAUUUGGAGGCAUUGAAGUUCUUAAAAACAGCAAUGACAAGAAUUUGGGAAUCUUCUAAAAGUAUUUACCGGCCGGAAAAAGUUGCAGUUCAGACAUAUCAUCAUACUCACUUACAGUAUCCUGGAGUUUUUGUGAAAAAUAUUCCGAGAGAUGUAGCAAUGUUUAGACACUACCGGGUAACAACCGUCAGAAACAGUAUAGGAAAUGGUUGGGUUUACGGGGAUAAUUUCACCGAUACUGGUUUGGAACCAGAACUGGAAAAGCUUUUGGUUCAUAAAGUGGCUAAUAUGGUUGAACAUGUUUACGAGUUGUCGAAAUGA